AUGUUUCAGAUUUGCGAGGCCUGUCAGGAAUUCACUCAACAUGUUGUAUCAUUGUUACGUGAACAGAGUCGAACACGGCCAAUUGCAAACAAAGAAAUUGAACGUAUGGUUGCAAUCAUACAGAAAAAAUUCUCCGGAAUACAGGUACAAUUGAAGCAGUCAACUUGUGAAGCAGUAAUGAUUCUUCGUUCACGAUUCCUCGAUGCAAGGCGAAAACGUCGGAACUUCAGUAAGCAAGCAACAGAAGUGUUAAACGAAUAUUUUUAUUCACACCUGAGCAAUCCUUACCCAUCCGAGGAAGCAAAGGAAGAACUGGCGCGGCAAUGCCAAAUCACAGUUUCACAGGUCUCUAAUUGGUUUGGUAACAAACGAAUACGGUACAAGAAGAACAUAGCGAAAGCGCAGGAAGAGGCCAACAUGUACGCUGCAAAAAAAGCUGCCCAUGGUAAUAAAUUUUUUUUUUUUUAUUUUUUUGUAACCUUUGUUAUCUCCGUUUGGUAG